AGGUUCAACCUGUAUGUCAAUCCCAUGGUAUGUCUACACUUUGAAGACUAAAUGCAGUUUUAGUCACACCAUCUCAAUAAGAUAGAUUUGGAAAAAGUACAGAGAAGGGCAACAAAAAUAACUAUGCCAUCUUUGAGGGUGUUUUUGUGAUAUGGAUGCUUGAGCAAAGAUGACCUGGAUUGAUACCAACAAUACCUUUACCUUAGGCUACUAGCAACCAUUAGCUAAUGAUUUUUAGUUACUAACAGUUUAGAGUGAGUUCUGCCUGACUAGACGCUUGUGUCUGCAUGGAACCCCACUGAAGUCAGUGGGGUCCACACAAGUGCCAGGGUUCAACUGCCUGGAAUUAAUUGCAUUAUCAUGGAUGCCCUAAACUAUUUCUAGAUCUGAUUACUAGUUCCCUGCUGGAUUCUAUAUCUUUGAGCCAUCAUAUCUCUCACUGUUUCUCUAUCUCAUUUUGCCUCUGUGUGAUGGAAGAUGAAGAGUAAGCGCUAAUGACUCAGCUAUUUGAGCGGGUGGGGUCUAACCAGUGUUCCACUGAGAUAAUGUGCUUCCUUACAUCCUCCCUUUAUUCUGGGGAUUUUGUGUAUUUUCUCUGCUCACAAAGAAAAAAUUUGCUGUGAGACUGCUGCACAGGAGACAAGCAAAAGACAGAGAUGACAGAAAACGACAGGGGCAAAAAUGUGGAGCGAUAUGUUGGUGAAAUUAAAGGAGGACUGAGACCAGCCAUGAAAAUUACUAUUAUUGGGGUCAUAUGUUCCAACCCCAAGAGCUUUGCAGUGACUCUGCUCUGUGACCCCCUGGAUGCAAGCAAGGAUAUCGGAUUGUUACUUGCAGUCAACUUCAGUGAGAAAUCCAUCACCCGGAAUGCACUGAUUGCUGGAAAAUGGGGAAGAGAGGAGAAGACUAUUCCCUACUUCCCAUUCACAGCAGGGGACACAUUUAAGACCCUGAGGAGCUGUAAUGAAAGACUAGUUCAAGCACAUGAGGCCCCUUGCAAAGCCAUUCUCUUGGGUCUCCUAGAUUGCAAGGCCUGUGAGUCAGACAUAGGGUUGCCAGGUGUACGGUAUUGUGCUGGACAGUCUGGUAUUUGCGCGCUCUGUCCAGUAAAAAAGAUCAGAAAAUACUGGACAUGUGCAAUGUCUAGUAUUUUCUGAUUUUUCCGGCUGUGCACGGGAUGGAAGCCUGGUGUGGGCGGGGGAGCAGCUGGGAGUCCCAGCUGGGAGGCAGGACCGCGAUUGCUGCCGAGAACCCUCAAUCGGUUGAGUGCUAGGAGGAGGGGAAGCCUCUUCCUCGCCCGUGCAUCGCCGGGAGCCUGCGUGGGACAGGCAGCAAGUGCUCAGGUCAGUCCUGCUCCCCGCCGGCCAAUUUGCUCACACCGCCCCCUUCCCGGCCGGCCGGUUCUUUCUCACUUCCCCUCUUGAUCUUCCCCGGCCAGCUCCCCUGCACCUGCUGGCCCGUUGCCCCCCCUUCCCGGCCAGCACCGCUCCCUUCUUGGCCGGUCCUCCCCGUACACGAAGUGUGUCUGUUUUUUUGUUUUGUUUUGUUUUGUUUUUGCUCACUAACUUUGGUCCCCCUCCUUUUUUUUUUCCUUCAACAAAAUUUUUUCCCGGUGAUUUUUUUUGAGGGAUGGUGGUGGUGUUCGGUAUUUUGUUUCAGCCAUCUAGCAACCCUAGUCAGACAGUGUGCAGCCUUUUCAAUCCUCAUUGGCUGCCAUGCUACCUGGAGGACUCAGUUAUCUGAGGAUGGGUGGGGGAGGGUUUAUUAGGUCACAUAUCUAGAAGAAGUGAGUAGGAUUUAGCAUGUAGUGGCAGGAAAGGUCCUUGUUAUGGAGCCAGACACUAUAUUACCCCAAGCUAUUAUCACAGUGCUCAGAAGUCAGUACAAAGCUGCUUGUGAAUGACUCACCAGCAUUUCCAACUAUUUGUAGUCAGUGGAACUCUCAUGAACUGGGAGCUCUGUGCAGCUGCUCCCGGUAUUGGCAGUCUUGUGUUAACUGGCUCUGUGCAGUAACAUCUGUGCCUAAAUCUGCAUCAUCUGUUCCUAUAUUAAGCUAAAUAUGCCCAUUUACUGACAGACCUCUUUAACUGCUUUAUGAAAUAAACAUUUGAACCGUCUUAA